GAUGUUCUUUGUUAAUCCUCUGGAAGGAGUAUGGGAGUUUCCUUUAAGGCAAAAUACCUUUGUUGUAGAUAUCAGCAAAGAUAAGCCGACAGAGACCGUGACGUUGGAAUGCAAUGUGUCUGCGGAAGAACAGGUCUACUGGCAAGUGAAGAGACAACGGAGACACGGUAGAACACUGCAGAUUGACGUGAAGGAAAAAGUAGAUGUUGGAAACUUUACUUGCCACACAGAGGAUGGAGACGACGUAGAUUACAAAUCUGUUGUGAUCAACAAUUUAUCUACAUUAACCCACAAGAAAAUACUUUCUUAUUCAAAACACCCAAUACACUGCGCUGCCAGCAACUACAGCGGCCAUUUUAACUGCUCCUGGAAGCCAUCAAAAAGCCACGAUCAGUAUUUCUUCCAGGCUGAAAGAGGCUCCUUGCCCAUUGCCUGCCACGGCCCCUUCAGACACCAUUCAGAUUAUGUAGUAAACUGUUACGACCAAGAAACCUGCAGCCACGGGGAGGAGAACAGUCACAUCACAUUUACUCUCCAUGCGAUCCAGGAGAAGGCUUAUGAAAACCACACCAAGAUAUUCAUGCUGAGAGAUAUCACACGGCCAGACCCACCUCAAGACCUGGAUAAGUCUACAAAGAGUGGGAAAGUUUCUCUUAAGUGGAAGUACCCAAAGACUUGGUGUAAUGUUCAUUCCUUCUUCCCACUCAUAUUUAACGUCAACAUAACCAACGAACGCAGCAUGAUGUCUGAGCACCAUAAAGAUAUUGAGGGGACAAGUCUUAUACUGCCCAGCAAGGGCACGUUUCACUUCUGCGUCCAAGCGAGAGACAUGUAUUACAACUCAUCGUGGAGCGAGUGGUCAUGCUACAUGUAGGCACGGUAAAACCGAGAAGGAUAAAACGAAAAAAGAUAAGAAAAAGGGCAACAGAAAAAAAGACAGAAAGAAGAAACACAACUCUCACUUAAGUGAAGCCGGAAUCCUUCGCUGGGCAUGACAUGCGAACCGUUAGCCGUCUUGCUUUUUUUCCGUUCGAAGUGUCCAUUCUGACUGUAUAUUUAUAAAUCAUAAUAAUACAACUUCUUGUGACCCCACAUUUUAUACAAAACUUACUUUGUAACACUUGGUAUCAUUGUUUUUCUUAAUAUGUAUAUUAAGUUAUUGCAUAUAUUAUGUUUAUAUAUUGUUUAUCACGUUAUAUUAAUAUGGUUUACAAAGUUUUUAUUUUUGA